UUUGUCAACACAGGGGACAAUCACGUUUAUCACCUUAAACUUUUCAGAUGGUCAUGUUGAAAAUCCUGGGACCGACUGAAUAACUAAGUGGACAGCCAGGAUGUCAGUUCCUGUUUUCAUAUAACUGGAUCGAUGCCUGACUUUUACUGGUCAAGGGACAAAAAGCAGGGAUGAUUCGAGUCAAAAGACGGAACCUGAUACUGUUGGUGGUGAUAGGGGCAUUCCCAACUGGCCUCCUGGUCUAUUUAGCCUUCUCCUCAGAUGAUAUAUCACCAUCACAGAUGAAUACACUGGACAUCCAUCAGGUCGAGUCCCGGUUUUCACAGAUGUUACGGGAACUGGACAAGGAAAACAAGGCUGUAAACAAAGAGCUCAGCCAAACCAGGAGUCAGCUGCUGAGCUUACAGAUGAGUUUGGCGGCCCAGAAUGACAGUGGGACUAGUAACACCACUAGAGUACGCUGUAAGAACCCUCAGCCAGAGAUACCCAAGUGUGAGGUUAUCCAUGUUGCUAUCGUUUGUGCGAAGAACAAUGCCACACGACAGGUCGUGACGUUAAUAAAAAGUGUCCUGUUCUAUCGCAAGAAUCCUCUUCACUUCCAUUUCAUCUCGGACAACAUCGCCCAACUCAUCCUGCUGUAUCUGUUUGAGACGUGGGAUGUAGCUGAAGUUGAAGUGAGUUUUUACCCUACCAGCAGUGUUGAGAAUGAUGUGUCCUGGAUACAGAACAAGCACUACUCUGGUGUGUUUGGGUUGAUGAAGCUCACACUUCCUAAAACACUACCUCAAAGUCUACACAAGGUCAUAGUUUUGGAUACAGAUGUAACUUUUGCCACAGAUAUAGCAGAACUUUGGAAAAUAUUCCAGGUUUUAAAAGGCAAAAAGGCUAUAGGUUUGGUAGAGAACCAGAGCGACUGGUACCUAGGGAAGCUAUGGAGGAACCAUCGACCCUGGCCAGCUCUGGGACGUGGGUUCAACACAGGAGUGAUACUGCUUGAUCUACACAUCCUUCGACAGCUGGACUGGACCAAUAUGUGGCGGUCAGUGGCUGAGAAGGAACUCCAGACGAUGCACUACACAUCUCUAGCUGACCAGGACAUAUUCAACACAGUCCUCAAGCAGAACCAGUACCUCUUGUAUCACCUACCCUGUCAGUGGAACGUCCAGCUUAGCGACAACACACGCAGUGAACGGUGUUACAGUGAUAUUUCAGACCUCAAGAUCAUUCAUUGGAACUCACCUAAGAAAUUGAAAGUGAAGAACAAACAUGUGGAAUUUUUCCGUAAUCUAUACCUGACCUUUCAAGAAUAUGAUGCCAAUUUGUUACGGAACAGAUUGUUUGGCUGUGGAACAACUGGUGCAGUGAACCCAAUGCAGGAACAGCUGAACCAGAUCAGUGAAGAUGACGAAUGUUAUGACUUUAGCCGAGAACGGGUCAUUGUCCAUCGCACUCACCUGUACUACAUCGACUAUGAGUAUGAGCCCCUUGAGCAUGAUGUGACUUUGGUCACACAGCUAAGCAUGGACCGACUACAGAUGCUGGAGACUAUCUGUAAACACUGGGAGGGCCCCAUUAGUCUGGCUCUGUACAUCUCUGACGCCGAGGCCCAGCAGUUCCUUAGAUAUGCCCAGGGCUCGGAGAUCCUGAUGAAGAGAAAAAACAUUGGCUACCAUGUGGUGUUCAGGGAUGGGCAAUACUACCCUGUUAACUACCUGCGGAAUGUGGCCCUGAAGCAGGUGCGCACACCCUAUGUGUUCCUAUCGGACAUUGACUUCCUUCCUGUACACAACCUAUAUGAAAACCUGAAGAGGACAGCUGCAACAAUGGAUUUGGCAAACACUAAAAAGGCAUUGAUAGUUCCUGCUUUUGAGACACCUCGAUACAGAAUCGACUUCCCGAAGUCCAAGGCGGAACUCUUGUCUAGUCUUGACAUGGGUGACCUAUAUACAUUCAGGUUUCAUGUGUGGCCUAAAGGUCACUUCCCUACCAAUUAUGCCAAAUGGAGAACAGCAACAACACCCUAUACGGUUAGCUGGGAGGCCGACUUUGAGCCCUAUAUAGUGGUCGGUAAGGAUGUACCUAUGUUUGACCAGAGAUUUGUCGGGUUUGGAUGGAACAAAGUUUCCCACACCAUGGAGCUGGACCUGCUAGGGUACGAGUUUGUUGUGCUGCCCAAUGCCUUCAUCAUACACAUGCCCCAUGCCCCAAGUUUUGACAUUGCCAAAUUUAGGUCCAGCUCUUUAUACAGACAUUGUCUGAAGGUCCUGAAGAGAGAGUUUCACAGAGAUUUGUCACGCAAGCAUGGCCUUAAGGCCCUGAAAUACCUAACAGCAGACUGAAGACACGAGUCAACAAGUC